AUGAAGAUUUUCGGAUGUGCUUUGAUUUUUGCUCUUGUCUUUAAGACGGAAAGCAUGUCCAUAGAUACCGCUAUAAAGAAUGCUAAUAACAACAGUAUGGCAUAUGACUUGGUGUCCAGCGAGUCUUCUAGAAUAGUCAGGAAAGAAUUGGACAUAUUAAUGACUCUGGACGAUUUCCUCGCAGAAGAGAAAGAAAGAAUGGAAGAAAAAAACGGUAAGAGGAAAAGAAGGAAGGCCAUUCGUGACGAAAGACGGAGGUGGCCCAACAACAUCAUUCCAUACGAGAUAGCACCUAGUACAUUCAGCUCUGCCGCCCUGGCCCAGAUAAACGCUGCCCUCGACGAAUGGAGGACACAGACGUGCCUGACCUUCCCUCUGAGAACUUCACAAACAGCUGCUAUUAGGUUUCAAAAUGGCGAUGGAUGUUCGUCUUUCAUUGGGAGAACAGGAAAUAUUCAACCUAUCAGCCUUGCAAAUGGAUGCAGAAUUAGCCGAAUUAUUACGCACGAGAUAGGACAUGCAGUUGGCUACUGGCACGAGCAGAGUAGACCAGAUCGGGAUGGAUUUGUUGAAAUACAGGAAGCAAACAUAGCUUCCGCUCUACUUUUCAACUUUGAAAAACAGCCCACUUCUCAGGUCAACACUUUUGGGGUACCUUACGACUACCUCAGUGUGAUGCAUUAUGGAGCCCGAGCUUUUUCAACCAACAAUGGCAUCACAGUCAGAACUAUCGACCAAUCCUUUCAAAACAUUAUCGGGAAUGCACCGGGACUCAGUUUCAGUGACAUUAAACUCGCAAAUUUAAUGUAUAACUGUGCUGCUUCCUGUCCUGCUCAGAACUGUCCAGGAGAGGGAUUUGUUGGAAAAGAUUGUCAGUGUAAGUGUCCCACUGGAGAUGCUAACAACCCGGUCCAGAAUUGCCAGGGUACGCCAGUAGCGACGUCUACAUCUGGACUUACAACCACCUCUAACAGCGUAGUGACAACUACAACAACGCCACCUAUUGAAGCUGCCAAAGUAUGUGAAGACAUGGGAAACAGCUGUACCUUUUUGAGGGAUAGUGGACUUUGUUCUAACCGCUUUGUAAGGAGAUACAUGGAGACUAAUUGUGCUGCUACUUGUGAAUAUUGUGAAGCGGGUCAGCCUUUAGGAGCAAACGAACAAAACAAUGCCUCCAAAGUUGGAUCCGCCACUUUGCUCUUCGCUUUACCAUUGGUUUUGAUAAGUAUUCUGGCUCAUAUGUAUGCUGAUGAUACAACUCAGGAUGUCUCAGAUAAGAGUAUAAAUGUUAUUGAAAAUAAAUUACAUAGCGAUCUUAUCAAUACGUUAGAAUGGAUGGAGAAAAACAAGUUAACAAUCAAUCUUUAA